UUAGUCAUUACACUAAGUCUUACAGAUGGACUUUUUCUUGUUGGCUCUUGUGCCGCUCCUUGGCCGACCUCCUUGGCCUUAGCAUUUGGAGGUCAUGUAGCUCAGACUUUAUGACUCCUGGUCCCCUACCCACCCCCUCUUUUACUUCGAGUAUACUGUGGAAAAUGUUGACCGACUUCUAGACAAUAUUGUUCCAUAAUCUCUGUGCAUUUGUAAACAACUAUCGACUUUUGAUAAGCCAGGAAGCACUUUCUUGGUGUCGUAAUGGCUGAGAAGAAUAAGAACAAGAAGAAGAACAACAAAGCCAUUCAAGUGAUCACCAGUGUGUUUAGCGAGCCUCAGCUGCUACUUGAUUACAUCCUAUCACUGGGCAUCUCCCAGUCGAGUGUGUGCCGGGCUGAGCCCGCCGUGUCCGCUCUCCUGGAGACCCUGCUGACGACGUGCCUGGUGUGUCCGCCGACGUCGCCCAUCGCUUCUCCUGUGUGCACGUCAACACCUUGCUUCAACGUGGCAUUUUCGUCACAGCAUGAAGUCCUUGCCAAUGCUAUCAAGGUCAUCUGCCAACACAGCAACCCCAGUCAGAAUGUCCUGUCGUGUGGCUAUCGUUUGAGCUAUGGGAAAGUGGACAAUGGUACUGUGACCGGGACAACAGCACUGGAGAAUGUCUAUCCGAACACUACAUGCAACCACCUGAAGAGUGCUGCAUGGCAAGCUCUAUUGAAAAAUAUUGGUGAUGAUCUAAUGACCCACUUGCUCACCAAGUGUGCCAUGUUCCUGCCCCUGCCCAGUUCUUGUUACCUGCAGAUUUCAGGUCGUCUCGCUCACGUCCAAGCAAGGCAAAGUCCCUGGCUUAUUCCUCAGGCAGACACUAGCCACUCCGACCUUAGUCUGUCCGGUGCAAGUGGAGGUUGCAUGAUCAGCUGCGCGAACGGUACUGGCAGCAUUACUAGUAGUGGUAGUAGUGGUACUGGUGUUACUUCUGACACUAGCAACAUCAUCCCACCAUCACGACCGACUCUACCAGCUCCUGAAGGCACCCAGCCUGUAUGUGGCUCAGGACAGACCGUGUCAAUCAGCUCACAUUGCAACUCUUCAAGCCGCAGUACGAGCGCGUCAGUGUCAUUGCCCUGGUGGAUCUCCUCAUCAGGUUCAGCAGUAGUUCAGUCAACCGCUACUGCUACCAGCACUGCUACCAGUACCACUGGAGAAGAAACGGAUACUUAUGCAUCGUCUAGUAUGGAACAUAGUGUUUACAUGUUGGCACCACCUGUGUACGGAGAAGCAGCCAGGCAGUGGAGGUUUCAUCGCAAUAGGAUGUUGUACGCUACCAAUCUUCAGGAGACGUUGCCGCCGAAAUUUAUUCUCUACCAAUUGCCAGCGUCGCAACGAGGCACUGAGAUUCUCCUGCGACUGAUCUUUGACGGACGCAAGCCGUGCAUCAGCGCAUUGUUGAAGAGAAAGACGACCAGCCGAUUACCAGUUCAUCUGUACAAGCUGAUGCCAGUGUUUCGGCGUCUUUUGCAGAACUUCAAGAAAGUGAAGCUGUCUUGUCUUCUCCGGAAGUUGUGCCCUUUGCCCGAGUCUACAGGUCAGGUCAACCAAGAUCAAUCAGCAGGAGGCCACCAGGGUGCUGGUGAUGAGGCUCUGCUAUCUCAAUUCACACCUCCACAUCAGGUGGUACGUUUUCUUCAUGCCGUUUUGAAGAAAGCAGUUCCUCGUCAUCUGUGGGGCUCACCUGAUAACUUCAACGUGUUCAUGAAGCAUGUAGAUGAGUUUGUACAUCUGCACAGGCUGGAUACCUUCUCUGUGCACCAGUUCCUGUCUGGGUUCAAGGCAAGUCAUUGUGCUUGGCUCUAUCCACCUGGUACUGGCAGUCACGGUGGUGGCGGUAGUGGCAGCGGUGGCAGUAGCAGUGGUGUUGGUGGAGGUGGCGGCAGCAGUGGCGGCCGCAGCAAAGCCUCGUCUCAACUCAGUGCACGGCGACAGGCUCUGCUGCAGACGUGGCUGUACUGGCUGGUGGACAACGUCAUCAUCAACAUACUCAAGACCUGCUUCUACAUCACCGAUACGUCGUGUCAUCGCAACAAGCUCUUUUUCUUCCGCAAGUCUCUGUGGCGGCAAGUGCACCGUCGUGCUCGGGACAAGCUCGGCAAGGAGUUCAUGCAGCCCAUCGGCCAUGACCAGGCAUGCUCUCUGCUACGUGCUCACACGGCCGUCGGCAUCUCCAUGAUACGCCUUGUGCCCAAGUCCGGUGGUGGAAUACGGCCCAUCGUCAACCUGGCCUACAAGCCCUCUCCUGGGUUUUUGCGCCACUUGAGUGGCGAGCAGCAGCAGCCUAUUGUCAGCAGCUCAGUCAAUUCCCGCCUGACGGCUGCAUUUAACAUCCUGCGCUUUGAACAGGAUGAACACACUGACCUGUUUGGUGCAUCUGUGUAUUGUGUGGAGGACAUCUACAAGAACUGGCAGUCGUUUGUGGCACAGCGCCGUGCAGAGAAUGACACCAGGCCGCUGUACUUUGUUGCCAUGGACAUCAAGGGUUGCUUUGACAACAUCAACCAGGACCUGCUAUUGAGGAUAGUAGGGGAGUUACUGUCCAACGAUGGAUAUUUUGUCCGGCGAUUCUCUGCCGUCGUUGCUGGACUGGACAAUAUGGCACAUUCCAGUUUCAAACGUUGUGCCUGCAGCGAUGAGGAGUUUGGCUCUUCUUUCAAAUCUUUUGCUGAACGCUACCUCAACCGGUCUAAACUGCACAAUGCUGUUUUGACCGAUCAAGUUGUGUAUCCCCGCUCGGAACGAGAGAAGCUACUUAUCACCAUUGAGAAUCACAUCAAGAAUAAUCUCUUGCGGGUUGGCUAUUCUGUGUGUCGCCAGUGCUGUGGUGUUUCCCAGGGAUCUGUGCUGUCCAGUCUGCUCUGCUGUUUGUACUAUGGCUAUCUUGAGCGUGACUUACUACCAGCUAUCAAGCGCAGUAGUGGACUGCUGCAGCGGUUUGUUGAUGACUACUUCCUGGUAACUCCUUGCCGUAAGACGGCCGAGAGUGUUGUACUCAAGAUGUACAAUGGUUGGCCAGAACAUGGGUCUGUGGUGAACUGGAAAAAGACUCGAUUGAACUUUGACAUGAAAAUGAACAUGCAGCCCGGUGAUCCAACAAGCGUUGAACUAUUGCCGCAGACUGAUGAACGUCUGUUCCCGUGGUGUGGCUUGGUAUUCGACAUGGUCUCGCUGAACGUGUCUGUGGACUAUUCUCGCUGGUUUGGCCAAUACCUAUCUGAUUCAUUGACGGUGGACCACGCUGGCCGCACGUUCGUAUCUGCCAAGAGCAGCAUGCUGAUGACGCUGAAGACAAAGUGCAAUGCUAUCCUUCUGGAUCGCUCGCUGAACUCUGAGCAAACAGUUGUGAAGAAUGUCUACCAGGCGUUCUUGUUUGUUGCAAUGAAGUUUCACGCGUUGAGCAGGCGUCUGCCCCAGGGACAUCGCCUGAGGCACAGCAUGAACCUGAUGCAGGGGCUACUGGCUGACCUCAUUGCUGAGUUCUUCAAGCAUGCAUCACGACAGCUUCGGCCAAUGGUAGCUGGUGUCCAAGGUGGACUGCCGAUACACUACAAACAAGUUGACAGCAUUGCCCACCGUGCAUUUCACCAUGUUCUGCAACGCCAUCACUCAGCAUACAGCAGCCAGUUCAUCCAUCGCUGCCGUCAUCGCGCCAUCACAUGCCAGGAACAUGUCAAGCCAGAGUGGACUGAGGAAAUCGAGAUGAUCCUUCUCUAGACUUAUUACGUCACUUGUCACACUGUGAGUGUCACCAGAGCUGCAGCAGUCGUACCAGUUCCCUGCGUCCUGUCACAGCAGCUCGUGCAUGCAGAGCGCAAAGAGACUCGACCGUCUACAACCAGUGUCCUGACCAGCACUUCUGCCCAGCUAGCUUCUGAUGCUGCAUUUCCCCAACAGAGCCAGGAAAGAUUAAUCAUCCGCUACUCUGCAUUGACUUCAAUGCUGUCUUCAUCUGCUGAUAGCACUGCCGUGCAAGGACAGUUGCCUCUGCUGCACUGCUACCUUCCAAGUCUGGGCAAGAAACAAACAACAUCAGACAUGACAACUGAUCAUGCUAUGGUGCUGCACUGCUGUCAUAACUCUGCACAUCGUUGGAGCAAGCUGAGGGUAGCACACCCACUUUUAGUAUCAACUACACUUCGCUGGUGAUGUUAUUAGUCUAAUUUCAACGAAUUCUGCGGCUGGCCCGCUCAUCUACACAUUAACUGCUUCUGACUGCUUCUAUACAAUGUUUAUGCUGACACACAUACCUUGCAUCUUUUCGAGGAGACUUGAUUGUCCCUUCAGUGCCAGCUCGAGUUGCUUUCUUGCGGCUUUCAGUGACUUGUGUGACAUGCGUGCCGUCUGCUCCAAAGCCUGACUUGCCGCGCGCUCAUCCAGGAGGCAGGCUUCAGUGGCAGCGCGUAGAUCAUGUUCUUGCUGUAGCUGAGCAUGGUAUCUGUGAAGCUGUUCCACACACUGUGUACGGAACACACCAUGCCAUAACAACAUCACUUAUUAUCAUUAUUUUAUCUCUUGCAGCUGCAAGCUUCCAGUUAUUCAAAUGAUACCUCAAUGGCCAAUGUGUGAGGAUUUUCAUCAAGUAUUUAUUUUAUUUGGUUUACUAUUUAUGGCACGUCUGACUUAUUUUUUAUCCUCAAUUACAGAAUUUCCAGAAUGUCUAUAUUCUCUGUACAGCUCACUGUAAACAGUGGGUGUGUACUGUCAA